GCUUCCACAGAAAAAGAAAAGAGAAUCUCUCAAAUGGGAUUAUGGAGGGAAGAUACCUGGCAGUGGACACUUCAUUGGAGACGAUCGUUGCACGAGUGGGAGAAAGACAAUCUCUCCGAGAUGCUGGGACUAAUCAACAACUUACACCCAAUCAAAGACCAAACAGACCACUGGGAGUGGAAACACAACAAAGAAGGAGAAUACUCAGUCAAAACAGCUUACGGUCUUCUAUCCAAUAACUACGACAAUAGCAGAACUCAGAAGCAUAAAAGAACUUGGAGCAAACUCAUCCCCACAAAAAUCAGUGCAUUUGGUUGGCAAGUCCUGCAGAAUAGAAUACCCACAAAGCUCAACCUGUAUCAGAGGGGAAUUAUACUUGACAAUAACCUGAUGUGCGGCUUGUGUGGUGAUGACAUUGAAGAUACCAAUCAUCUGUUUAUUCAUUGUAGAGUGGCUCACUCAGUAAGAAGCAAAUGUGCAAAAUGGUGGAGAUUUCUCACGGCUCACACAAAGACAUGCCAAGAGGACUUCGAGCAACACAGGCCUCCCUUAAAAGACUCAUCAGUUCAAGCUGGAUGGGAUGUGGUAUGGUUCUCCACCUUAUGGUCUCUUUGGAUGGCUAGAAAUAGAAAAAUCUUCAAAAACCAAGUAUAUGAAGAAGAAAGAAUUUUUGAGCUAGUGCAACUAAGAGCUUUUAGUUGGAUUAAGAGCAGGACAACAGGUUACUCCUUUAAUUUCUAUGAAUGGAUGCUUGAACCGUUGUUAAGCCUUAAGGCCAUACGUAGUUUACAAUAGCAUGUUUUAAUUUGAUGUGGGUUCCUGGUACGUAUCACUGUGCAUCUAUUUGACUUUGGCCAUUUUAUUUUGUUGGUAUUGUUGUUGGGUUAGCCGAAGUCAGUGGAUGCUCAAUGUCUGCCUCAUAUGUACAUGGGUAGGAGUACCAUUUGUACUCCAUUAAAUCAAUUUAACUUCU